AUGUGGGCAUCAAAUUGGACACCAGAGGAACUCCAGCAGCUGAUCCACUCAGUUCCAGUCACAGGAGACGGGACUGUAGGCUUUGAUGAGAUUAUUAGGAGUAUAACUGGUACGCAGUCUAUCUCAGAAUUUGAUGCUUUAAAGAAGGCUUUUGACGCAAUCAGCGGGCUCUGCAAACAGAAGAUCAAGAAGGAAGAGUUGCCAGUUGCUCUGGAAAUCCUGGGCAUUCGGCUAUCAGCCGAGGAACUUCAGCUAGCUCUGACAUCUGUCUCCAUUGAUGGUUCAGGGAGACUGGAUGGGAUCGAAUUCCUGAAGGUUUGGUUCAAUUCCCCACACUUUUUUGAAUUCAUAGCACUGCGAGAUGCCAUGAAGCAUGUUGAAAGCAUCAGAAACAAGAAGAUGACAGUUCAGCAGCUGGAGGGAAGUCUGGGUGGCCUGGGACUCUACUUGCCCAAUAAAACUUUCAACGAUAUAGUCAAAUCAGUCAAAACUGACGAGAAUGAGCAGAUCUAUUUCAAAGACUUUUUGUUAGGAUUGGGUGAAACGGAGGAUUUCACUGAACUGGAAGCCUUACAGCGCGCUGCCACCAUCAUCGACAUAGGGAACAAUGGCUGGAUGCAACCAAAGGAGCUGCAGUCCACUCUGGAUACUUUGGGCAUCUACUUGAAACAUGAAGAGUUCCAGGAAAUUGCAAAGGAGCUCAUGAAUGACGAAGGGAUUGUAAACGUCAAGGACUGCCUGAUAACUCUGUCCAAGAGGCAACGCUUCAAGGACUCUUUGGCACUGCAAUCUGCUGUUGUGAACUUCAGCAAGAUCAGAGGUGAGAAAGUUGACGUCAGAGACUUGGAGUCGAUUAUGGAAGGUCUGGGUAUUAACUUGAGCAACACUGAGUUCCAGAAUGCCUUAAAAACCAUCCCUGUAGAUGAAUUCGGAAGGGUGACUUUCAAGGACUUCCUGACCAGCGUGGUGAACAAUGAGCGUUUCUCUGAAUCUGUAGCUGUACAUAACCUCUACAUGCUCAUUAGCAAAAUGGAUGGUGAUAAAGUUGAGGUUUCUCAGCUGAAAGACAUACUGGCUCCCAUGGGCAUCCUCUUAACCAAGGACGACGCUAAGGAGGUGCUGAAGAGCAUGUCAGUCAAAAGUAAGAAAACCUUGAGACCAAUUUCAAAUGGGCAGAGGUUGCACGCGAUU